UUAACAACCGCAACUUCCAAACGACACCUAGUUUUAGAGCUGAAAAGCAUACCAGCAGAUGGGAAUGGGACCCAGAAAACCAAUCAAACUCUCUUUAGGCAAGAGAACAGGCUCUCAUGCGAUAAAGAAAACAGAGGCUCUUUCGUCCUUGAGCUGCAGACACAGAGAGGAAUAAAAUACUUUUCUUAGUUCUUGGAGGAAGAAGUCGGAUAUGUAUGAUUGAAAGAAGACCAUGGAAGAAAAGCAUAUAACAACGGUGCACAAUCAAGUAAAAGGGUGACAAGAGGAUUCCACCAGGGGAAAGCAAGAAGAAAGCAAGGUCGAGCGAGAUGAAACAGUCUCUCCGAAGAGAUAAAAAAGCGAGUUCUCUAGCAACUUAGAGAGAAUCAUGAGAUUUUCUUUCUGCACUGCUUCCUUUAGCUGGGAAUGGGAUCCCCCCACCAGGGGAAGAAAACAGGGGAAACCAAGGUUUAGGGAGACGGGGAAUUCCUUGCUUCCUUUCGGUAGAUGGGAUUUGGGAUCCAGAAAAGCAAUGUAUUUUAUUUUCGGGAAAGCUUCGGUUCUCCUGGUAUUUCAUCUCGCAAUCUCUCUCUUUCUCACCCUCGCCUCACAUUUCCUUAACUUUUCCAAGCUCCCCUGAAUUUCCUCUGUUUUUUCACUCCCAAAGAAAUGGCUGAUAUCAUUCUGGGCCCUGCAGUUGAACUAAUCCUUGGCAAGUUGGGCAGAUUUGCAUCCGAUCAGGUCCGACUUCUUUGGACUCUCAAACCCGAGAUACUGAAACUCGGGGACACUGUUGCGGCAAUCCAGGCUGUGCUUCUCGACGCAGAGAAGAAGCAAUCCCACAACCACCAAGUCAAACUCUGGCUCAAGAGGAUCUCCGACGUUAUGUACGAUGCUGAAGACCUGCUUGACGAUUUCUCCACUGAGGCUGCGCUCCAGAAGCAAGCAGUGACUCACUGGAGGACGGGGAUGGCAGCGACUUGCUGGAGCUCGGCAUGCUGCUAUCCGGUCUCUUCCCUUCCCAAGCAGUUGAUUUAUCAUUUUAAGAUGGCUCGUGAUUUAAAGGCUAUUCGAGAGAAGCUUGAUGUCAUAUCAAAAGAGAAGGAGGCUUUCAAGUUGGAAAUUGGCUUCGAGGUAAAAGCUCUUCCUUCUUUCAGGGAGACGGAUGCAUGCCCACCCACGGUUGUGAUUGGGAGGGAAGAUGACAGAAAAAACAUCAUUUUGCGACUGCUGAAUUGCAACCCAGAAGCCAGCAUUUCAGUCGUUCCCAUUGUUGGGAUGGGUGGGCUGGGGAAAACCACCCUUGCUCAGCUCGUAUUUGACGACAAACAAGUUCGAGAUUACUUCGAUGUAAAAGCUUGGGUCUAUGUUUCACAGAGCUUUGAUAUCAAAAUGAUUCUCCUAAAGAUGUUGGAAUCCAUAACUCGUCAGAAAGUGGGGGAUCUCAUGUUAGAUGUUUUACAAGCUCAACUCCGGGAGAAAAUCCAAGGCAAGAGGUACUUAUUUGUAUUGGAUGAUGUUUGGGAGGAGAACAGGCGCAGUUGGGAGAAUCUGGGAAAUCAUUUGGCGUUCGGUGCUCUUGGAAGCAAAGUACUGGUGACUACUCGAUCCACUAGAGUGGCGGAGUUUGCCGGCAAAGCUCUCAAGUCGAGAACAAGUACCAGUAGCAGCAUUGUGGAACCUCAUUUCUUGGAAGGCUUGUCAGAAGGUGAGAGUUGGCAAAUAUUGGAGGCAAAGGCCCUCCCAAGACAGAUCCCAGCAGAAGUACAACGUGUUGGUAAACAAAUACUGAAGCAAUGUGGUGGAGUUCCUCUCGCUGUGAGCACCAUAGCUGGUGUAUUAGCAGAUUCGACUGAUCCAAAGAUGGAGUGGCCAUCUUUUCUAGAAAGGGGCCUUUCUAGCAUCAUGAAUGAAGGAGGGGAAGUUUCUAUUAUGGCCACACUCCAAGUCAGCUUCAAUCUUCUUCCCUCUCAUAUGAAACAUUGUUUUACUUAUUGUGGAUUGUUUGAAAAGGGGUUUCGAUUUGGGAUUCCGAUGUUGGUUCGAUUUUGGGUCGCACAAAGGUACAUUGAGUCGGAAGAUAUAGGCUAUGAUUACUUUAAAACGUUGUGGUGGAGGUCAUUUUUCCAGGAGGUGGAGAUGGAUGAGUUAGGGAACUUGUCAACGUGCAGAAUGCACGAUCUCAUGCAUGACUUGGCUGAUUCUAUAGCCGGAGAUAAUAUAAAAAGAAGUACAAGUUCAAGUGUUCUAGAAAAUGUUCCUUCAAAGGCUCGUCAUUUAUGCAUAACUCGUGGCGGUUAUGAUAAUCCAAGACAAGAAGACAGUGAUGGUGGCGAUGAGCUUGGAAGCAUGAGUAAGGUACGAACUCUAAUAUGUUUCGAAUCUCUUUCAAACGAAGAACUUGAACAAAUCCUCAACAAUUUCUUACGCUUGCGUGUAUUGGUGAUAUGUUCAUAUGAUGAAAGUGCUUAUACGUCGUUGAAACUUGUUGGAAAGCUGAAGCAUUUAAGAUAUCUUGGUAUGUUGGGUUUCCACAAAAUGAAAAAUCUUCCAGACUCAAUUAUUAACUUGGUUAAUCUGCAAGUUCUUAACCUCAUCGGUGGCGAGUCACUGCAAGAACUACCAAGGGGGAUUAAGAAGCUUGUUAAUCUGAAGCAUCUUGAUCUCGAUCAAACAAGUUGGAAAAAUUUGAGACAUAUUCCAAAAGGGAUUGGUGAGUUGAAGUUUCUCCAAACCCUACCAAUCUUUGUAGUGGGGAAAAGAAGUAGUUGUAGUGGUAAUGGGGAGAUUGCCGGUGCAGAAUUGAACGAGAUGGAAGGGUUGAAUGCAUUGUGUGGAGAGUUGAUUAUCAUAGGCCUGGGAAAUGUCCACUCUCUAAAGAAAAGUGUUUAUGUCUUGAAAGAGAAGCCACAUCUUCAGUCACUUGUUUUAGAUUGGAGUCGAUAUGAUCUCCGUCUAUUGUCUGGUCGUGAUGAAGGGAUACUGGAAAUGCUCUGGCCACACCCUAAUCUAAAGAAAUUGACGAUACAUGGUAGUAUUGCUUAUGGAGGUGUGAAGCUUCCUAUCUGGCUGUCCAGCCUCACGAAUUUGGUUAAGUUCUCAUUAAAAGAUGGCCAUCGAUGUGAGUACCUCCCUGCUCAAUUGCAUCAAAUGGCGAGUUUAAAGGAGCUUGAAAUUAGCAAUUGUCCAAUGUUGAAGGGCAUCAAUAAUGAUGUCACUCAUUGUGACUCUUAUUCAAACAACUCAACAGCAAGAUUAAGAACAGAGGAAGAGGAAUGGCCGCAGUUUCGAUCUCUAGCCCACUUGGACAUUUGCCGUUGUCCAAGGCUAACUCGGCUGCCCACCUUCCCUACCGUUGAAUAUUUGAAGUUAUUCAAGGCGAGCUCGACACCACUUGCUCGGACCAUGAAGAUGAAGAUAAGGAGAGGAGGAGGUGUUGUUGAUACAACUGUUUCUUCAGCCCUCGUCCACCCACUCUCCAAGGUGACACAGUUGUCCUUAGCAACCAUAGUUGAUGAUCUCGAAUCCCUAUCGCAUCAUGAUUCAAGUAGUUGUCUCGUCUCUCUUCAGACGUUACAUGUUGGAAACUGUCGAGCCGUGAAGCUACCUGGUUCGCUGUGUUCCAGUUCAUAUCUAAUGGAGAUCGUUUUAUCGGGUUGUGAAAUGAUAGAGUACAUGCCACCCUUACAUGAACUCCCACGGUUGAGGGAGCUAAUUAUUUUUGGAUGUCCGAAGCUGAAGGGAUGUUGGUGGAAGAGGACGAGAGGGAAUAAUGACCACCAUCAUUGUGGUACUGAUGAUUAUUAUAACUUUGACCCUUCAAUGGAAAGAGAUGAAGAGGAAAAGGGAGAUGAUCAUGAGACUGAGGAGGAGUGGCCCCAUUUCCCUUGUCUUUCCAAAUUAGAUAUUGAAGAUUGCCCAAAUCUGACUCGGGUGCCUCUGUUUCCAACCGUUGAAGGCAGGUUGGUGCUUGAAAGCUGCACAGAGGCACUAGUGCGGACAAUGAAGAUGGAACCAGUAGUAGCUGCUCAUCAUCAUCAUCUUGACUCUCAACAAAAUUCUUCUUCUUUGUUGCUUGUCGCUCCUCCGCUCUCUAAGGUGAAGGAGUUGUUCCUUGAGCGUAUGAAGGAGUUGCAAUCUCUACCAGAAGAAGGCCUCCGCAACCUCACUUCUCUUCGAUACUUGUCGAUUCGAAAUUGUCGAAGAUUAACAUCUCUGCCUCCUGCAAUACGACACCUCACCUCUCUACGACAAUUAGUCAUCGUUGGGUGUACAAGAUUAGCAUCUCUGCCUCCUGCAUUGCGAGACCUCGCCUCUUUACGAAGAUUGGACAUUGAGUGGUGUACCCUGUUGAGAGAAAGAUGCAGAAGAGGGGAGGGUAAAGAUUGGCCCAACAUUUCCCACAUCCCUGUGAUAUAUCUCAACGGAGAGGCGCUCCAGGGUUCAGAUUUUCUUCAAUACUAUCAGUGGUCGGACUGAGGAAGAGGAGCAGACAGAGGCUGCUGCAACAGUGGAAAAUCGUCAUCAGACACAAAUAUCUUUGCUUUCAACAGACUGCCUGCACAAAUAUUUUGGUUAUGGGUUAUUUUUAUUGUAUCUUCAUUCACCUAGAGCAGAAUUUCUUAGGAUGGUACCUGUCUGGGGUUUUGGUCUUUUUAGGGCUGUGGCUCAGUACUUGGAAAGACAAUCUCCUAAUACUCCAACCUUGGGAGAAGAUCAAACCAGAGAUAUCAGUCUCAACAAGCUCCUAGAAGGGAAGACCAGGACGGUGUGUGCCCGAAUGUUCUUCGAGACUCUGGUAAGCCUCUUCAAAACUGCUUCCUUUUUUCAAGCUCAAGUUCUGGUAAUAGCCAGUGAACGUUACCUUAUUGACAAUGGGUGGUGUUCUUCAAUGCAGGUUCUGAAGAGCCAUGGAGUCGUUGAUGUGGAGCGAGAGAAGGAACAGGGCCGAGUUCGUCUGAAGUUUGAUGUGGAACAAGAGGAGCCCUAUGGCGAUGUUCGUUUGAAGCUGACUCAUUUGGCAGCGUAACAUAUCAGUAGUAGUGCAUAUAUGAGGUAUUAAUUAGGUCAUGAACCAUGAUUUUGAGUCCAGGUUUAUGAUUAUGAAGUAUGAUAUUAGGUUUUGUUAGGAGUAGAACUAGUUAGUUGAGUUAUAGAGAGAUUGUGUUAUAUGCAGAAGGAUGAGCAGAGUCCAUCCAUAUGGUUUGCUUGUAUACCAAGAUAGCUGAUUAGUAAAAACUAAACCAGCCGUUCAUCUUUAUAGCGAUAUAUCGAUUCUGAUCUCGAAAGACCCUUCGAAUAACAGAAAAGAGUCGCA